GCAAUUGUGUUACGCGUUAUCUUUGAUUCUCUCUAACAUCUCGUGUCUCCUGGCGAUUGAGGUUCUUCUGUUCGUCGUUUGAUUUUUGUUCUCGGUCUCUCGAAUUUUGAUUCAGCGUUAAUUCAUUCGGAUUCUGAAGUCUGAUUUCUGGGAAAGGGGAUACUAGAGAAGGUUCCUUUGUUCAAAGAUUCUUUAUAACACAUAUUGUGAAUGAACUGAUGGAGACUAAAGGUGGGAAAAAGAAGUCUAGCAGUAGUAAAUCAUUAUUCUACGAAGCUCCUCUCGGCUACACCAUUGAAGACCUUCGACCAAACGGUGGAAUCAAGAAGUUCAGAUCAGCUGCUUACUCCAACUGCGUUCGAAAGCCAUCCUGAGGUUUCCUUCCUUGCUUGCUACAUAACCCCUAGCUUUUUUAUACAGUGAUAGUAGUUUACCCUCCACAUUCUCCGUCUCCUUUUCAUUCUCCUCCUUGUUCUCCUUGUUCGGUUGUGCUCUGUCAGUGCAACAAUACUUUCUCCCUGAUAGUCAAGAUGGCCUUGACAGGCUCUGCUAUUGGUUUUGAGGGCUAUGAAAAGAGGCUUGAGAUAUCAUUCUUUGAGCCUGGUCUGUUUUCUGAUCCUGAUGGUUUAGGCCUUCGAUCAUUGUCCAAGGAUCAAUUGGAUGAGAUUCUGAAACCAGCUGAGUGCACCAUUGUUGACUCACUGUCCAAUGACUUUGUUGAUUCCUACGUUCUCUCUGAAUCCAGCUUAUUUGUCUAUCCUUACAAGGUUAUCAUCAAAACUUGCGGCACUACAAAGUUGCUUCUGUCCAUCCCGGUCAUUCUGAAGCUGGCUGAUAGUCUUAUGCUUGCUGUGAAAUCUGUGAGAUACACUCGUGGAAGCUUUAUUUUUCCUGCGGCCCAACCAUUCCCACAUCGUAGUUUCUCUGAGGAAGUUGCUGUUCUUGACGGUUAUUUUGGCAACCUUGGUUCUGGCAGCAAAGCAUACAUGAUGGGCAACCCUGAAAAGUCACAAUUAUGGCAUAUCUACUCUGCUAGUGCGGACCUGCAAGGCCAAUCAAAAGCAACUUACACCCUGGAGAUGUGCAUGACUGGCUUACAGAAGAAAAGUGCUUCUGUAUUCUUCAAAGCAAACACAAAUUCAGCAUCCUCAAUGACCGAAGACUCUGGAAUCCGAAAGAUCCUUCCUCAAUCUGACAUAUGUGACUAUGAAUUUGAUCCCUGUGGGUAUUCCAUGAACGCAAUAGAAGACAAUGCAAUCUCCACCAUCCAUGUCACCCCAGAAGAUGGCUUCAGCUAUGCAAGCUUUGAAGCAGUGGGGUAUGAUUUUGAUGAAAAAUCUCUGAUAGGUCUCGUUGGAAGGGUCUUGGCAUGCUUCGAGCCGGCUGAGUUUUCUCUGGCUUUGCACACUGAUAUGCAUGAUGAAGCACUGAUCAACAAAUUCCCCCUGGCCAUUAAAGGAUACGACUGUGGAGAGAAGAACAAGGAGGUUCUUGGAGCAGGCGGUUCCGUUUUGUUCUAUGACUUUGUUCAAGCUGAUGGCUGUGCAUCUCCAAGGUCCAUUCUGAAAAGCUGUUGGAGUAGUGAGGACGAGAAGGAAGAAGGGGACGAGAUAUAGUUUGUGGAUUUUAAUGAUUUAUUUGUGUGUUUAUGUUUGCUGAUUCUGAAUAAGUUUGGGGUUAUGGUUUGAGUACAGGGCAACAUAUACUAUAUAUACAUAUGUUGCUCUUUAACUUUUCAUAA